GAAAUAGGACGAAAGCUACUGACGUCACUAGCCAGCGGGUAUAAAAAUUAAGACAAGACUUCAGAUGCAACGACCUCUCGUCUCCAGCUCUAGAACUGCCUGCCCUGUGACAUUACAACUGCCAAGUGACAGAAUGGCCGUGCUUCUAAAGGGAGCUGCUGGACAGACUGUCUGUCCUCCUCAGUCUGGUUGCAGAAACGCUGCAUCUUCUGUGGCAGCUCUAACCUUGGCCUUCGACUCUGUGUGUGCUGCCGUGGAAACCACCAACAGCGCCCUGGAAGCGAAGCUGGCGGCCAUGGAACAAAAGCUGAAGACAAUCGAAGACAGUCUGACAGCUUCCAAACGUCAAGUGGGGUUCACAACUGGAUUUUCUCUCGAUCCAGUGACCAACGUUUCAGCCGACGGCAUUUAUAUAUUCGACAAUGUUGCGACUAACGUUGGUGAUGCUUACAACCCGCAGACUGGCAUCUUCACAGCACCUGUUGCUGGUCUCUACACCCUCCACCUGCGAGUCAUGGCCACGACCAGCCCGGGAUUCACAAUGCUCAAAGUCGAGACGACCGGGGGAGAACUGGCGCGGUAUGGGUCAAAGGAGCCCCCGACCGUGAUGACCAGAUCUCCGCCAUGGUAGUGACCUUAAUGAGUCGAGGGCAACAGGCUUGGGUCCGAUACGUGGGAGGAGCCACACAAAUCAGAGGUCAUCCCUGGACCGUAUUUAGCGGAUUUCUCGUUGAAGCUCAGUAAACGCUUGGCAGGCUUCUCUGUAUCUCUAAAACACACACACGCACGCGUAUGCAUAGAUACAAAGAAAAUCAGACACGUCGCUAAGCAACAAUUCUGAAAAAAACUCACAGCGGCAAAUGCAGAGACCAAGAAACAAAAGAGAAAGGUUUACCAAGCUUUACAAAUUAUUUCAUCUCAUUAAAAUAAAUAAAUGAAGAUGAUAUUUUCCAUUUAUUUCUUAUUACUUUAUUUUUAAUUCCAAUUAAUCAGUAUAUAAUUCGAAAGCUAUUCAGUAACAAACCCACAUGUUAUCACUACAUGUAAUACAGCGAUCAGCACAAUUGUCACAAGCUUCUGCAACAAUAGGUUGAUCAACUUGAGCUUUAUUGUGUAUAAGAAAGAUUGCAAAGCGAAAUAAAUUUUUUUUCUGUCCUCUA